ACUCGCUGCAAGCACUGCUGCGAUGUGACUGUCCGGUGUCAGCCCUGUGCCUGCCUCGGAGCUCCUUUUCAGAGUUGGACAAUGAUGUCAGCUAAGUAUUCACCUCUCUGAAUCCUCCCUUAACAAGCUGUACUGUUGGGCUGUGAUGGCAUUUUCCAGUUGACUUCUUGGCAGCGUCUGGCAGUUCUCCAUUAUUGCCUGGGACUUUUGCACACCUCCAUUCCAGACCUUUGUCUCCAUCAGAGCCAAGUGUUGGUGAAGAAGACUACACUGGAAGAAGCUCAGCAUGACCAUGACUGCUCCUACUCAUUCUUGACUCCCCAGAGAGAAGUUGCUCUUGAAGAAACUGCAAUAUAUGAGCAAGCUUAACUUCCAGUUCUGUCCAGUGUUCUGCAUUGGUGAACCUUCUGAGGGACAUUCUGGGCACAAGUAUCUUCUGUUACAGCUUAUCACUGUACCUGAUGGGGCUGAAGCCAGUGCAGUCCUCAGUAGCUUUGAACUGAGUGUUUGGGAUCAGGAUGGGAAGAAACAGCCCCAGAGGGCACCAAGAAGAAUCUGCCAGUGCCUGAGAUAGACUGUCUACACAAGUUGGAUGGGUGCUGUGGAGGAACUUCUGUCAACAACACGUUCUCUACUCGUGGUGCUCCCACAUCAAUGAUGACUACAGAUCUACGUUAAAAUCAAGACAUCAGCUGGAUACUGUGCAUUGACCUGAUGGAUGCAUUCCCCAGCAGGAACCAAGAACAGAAAAUGAAAUUAACUCUUUGGGGUGUCUGAUCUGACCUUCUUGUAGGGUUUCACAUGUGACUUCUUUUUCAAGCAGCAAUGAGUGUACUCAGAUAUUGCUUCUUUGUCGUCCUGAUUCUCAGUGUUUCCCUUCCAUUUGUUUUCUAUGCCAUUACUAUACAUGCACAAAAAUCUCUCAGGAGGCUCAAGUUCUCAGUGAGUUCAACUUUAGUAGAAGACUGUAAAGCACUUACUAAAGAUAAGGUGUCCUUUCUGAAGGAAAAUGCUUUAAAAACAUCCUUCGGAGUAUUCAAUUGCAGCGAGUACAUCACACAGAAUCACUACAUCACCCGGGUGCUUUCAGCCAAGGAGGCGGCCUUCCCCCUGGCCUACAUCAUCACCCUGCACAAGGAGUUUGAGACCUUCGAGCGGCUCUUCAGGGCAGUCUACAUGCCCCAAAACGUCUACUGCAUCCACGUGGAUGGCAAGGCGCCGGCCGCCUUGCAGCAAGCGGUGCGGCGCCUGGUGGGCUGCUUCCCCAACGCCUUCCUCGCCUCCCGCACGGAGCGGGUGGUCUACGGCGGUGUGUCCCGCCUGCGGGCCGACCUGCACUGCAUGAGGGACCUGCUGGCCUCGGCCGUACCCUGGCGCUACCUGCUCAACGCCUGCGGGCAGGACUUCCCCUUGAAGACCAACUGGGAGAUCAUCCAGCAUCUGAAAGCCUACAGGGGGAAGAACAUCACUCCCGGAGUGCUGCCACCAGCACAUGUCACUGCACGCACCAAGUAUGUGCACCGGGAGCAAUUAUAUUCUUUCUUUUCCUUCAUGCUGCCGACGUUUGUACACAAGGCUCCUCCACCACACAACCUGACCCUCUACUUUGGUUCUGCGUACAUUGCGGUCACCCGGCCCUUUGUAGAGUUUGUGCUGCAGGACCCGCGUGCCAUCGACUUGCUGGCGUGGUCUGAGGACACCUACAGCCCCGAUGAGCACUUCUGGGUGACGCUCAACAGGAUCCCAGAUCUGCUUAAGGAAGAUGUUGCAAUGCAGCAAGUACACCUGCCUUAUGGCAGAAUUUCCAGAAAAAAUAUUCUUGUCCUAUAUCCUCCAUUCAGGCAUUACAGUUUAUCACAGAAUAUAGGAUUAAAAUAUGGUUAA